AUGAAACAAUCAGUUUAUUUAUCUAAACUUUAUAAUAGAGAAAUAAUUAAUGCAGAUUCAGCACAAAUAUAUGAAGGUUUAGAUAUUACAACAGCUAAACCAGCAAUUAUAGAACAAGAUAGUAUUUCUCAUCAUUUAUUUACUUAUAUGAAUCCUUUUGAUCGUUCACAUACUGUUGUCGAUUAUCGAAAUGAUGCUUUCUCAAUUGUGAGUUCAUUAUAA